GUGAAUGCAAUUGAUCAAUCAUAUCUGUCCAUUAGAAAGUUCUGCCUGUCUGUCUGAUUGUUACGCGAAGAAAAUCAUGGGGAAUUGAGAAUGACGCUUUUCCUGAUUCUGUUGGCCGAAAAGGCUGUGCUAGUCAGGGACCAUGGGAACCAAUCGUAUUGAUCUUUCAUUGCGACCUGCUUUGAUUACUUCGAGUGAGAUGAACCUCGAAAAAGUCAUAUUAGAUACAGUUUUUCCUUUCAGGCUUCCAAAACUUUUCGUCUUUUUCCGUAAGAUUCAUCGAUACUGAUUCAAACUUUGACUCCAAUUCCCUUUCCAAUUGUUCAUUCAAUACUCGUCGUCGUUAAUUCUCUUCUGUGAGUUCAACGGCAAGUAGAGUAGAGUCACCCCGGGACGAAUCCAAUUACCUACCCCUCUUACAAAUCAUCAUCUAAUCGAUAAGGCUGUACGCGUAGUCAAUUGAUCAACAAUGUCUACAGAAAAUCAAAUGCCUACUUUCAACACUUUCACAAUUACUCAACCCUUCUUGGGCGCACCUCUUCAAUUCCAACCUGCUCUUGGAUCAAAAGAGCUUGAGGAAUUGAUCGAUGCUUACGUUAUUGGAGGUGCUUGUAAACAAGACAAGCUUUCCACCGUGACAAUCGAUUUCUAUAACCAUGCAACCGUCGAUAUUAACACCGGUUCCCUGGUCCGUCGAUACGAUGUUAUGCCAUGGACCUUUGGGCACAGUCCUUCUCAAUCACAAUCUUCGGGAUUGAGCCCACCAAUUUUCACUCCUAGUCCUGCUUCCUCAGCUACCUUUGCCGAUUCUACUUAUAGCUCAACGAGCACCCCACCCAAUCGCACUACGGGGUCACGAGUUACAAAGAAGACCAAGAAGGAUACCACCAAGAAGUCUGCGGAAGUCAGACUACCUGGCUUCUCGAUCAUGACUAAGGAUGGUAUCGAUGUUACAAAUUCCGCUGGCCGUGGAACUAAAACGAAAGAACAGAGAGAGCAUGCACAUCUGAUGAGAAUCAUUAAAGCUUGCGAUGAGUGCAAGCGAAAGAAGAUCAGAUGUGAUCCAUCUCAUAGACGUGCUUCUCAUACAAACACGCCGAGAGCAUCUACGUCAAGCAGGCCUUCUCCUCCUUCACAAUCAAACCCAAGUCCUGCUGCAUCAACACCUUCAUUAUCUAGAGAAACUACCCAAGGCUCUGAACAAAGCAGUCCUCCUGUUGAUUCAUUCGCAAUUGAAGAUUUUGUGCUUUUUCCAGAGGAUGACCUCAACCAAUGGAACCCAGAGAUGGCUAUCCCAGGUUUUGAUACCCAAUACAACGACUUCAGCAUGACUAAUUACGAAAACUUCCCUGAUUUCGAUACCAGUUUCUCAACAAUGAAUGAUAACAUAUCAUUCGACUUCCCAGUAUACGAUCAAUCCUCAUCUUUUAGUCCCCAGCUAUUAAAUACCACUAGCCACAUACUAAAUUAUCACAACACACAUCCAUUGAGCUCUGCAGAUGGCAACUCGCAAUUCCUCUCUCAAACUCAACCACAGCCCGAUCUAGAUUUCUUCGAAUCAUUUAGCAAUAUACCGAACUUCUCGCCAACCCAUACUCAACAAGCUCAUCCACAAGGCUUACCACAUGAAGAUCCUGGGAAGAUUGAUAGUUAUGGACAUGCUUCAACUGCGAGAUCUCAAACCCACAACAUCUCAUCGGUACUAUCACCCGCAAACACCCAGACCAGUGGUGCAAAUAUCCUAAAUGACUUCUCUACGACAUUCGGCUUCUCCCCGACUGAUAGUUCUUACCAAUCACAAGGCUCAGAAAAUGGCUUCGCCAGCACAGGCCCCGAUAAUGCAUAUGAUUCUGCUUCUGGCUCGGGUGUCGACUCGGGCAUUGAGCAAUCACCACGAUCUGAAUCAAGUGAUAGCGGCCAUGAGACGGUAUCCAGUACAGAGAAGGGACGCAGUCGCAGCCUACGCAACAGACAACAAGUACUCCUAGAACGUGAACGCGAGCGCAUUGAUGAUCAUGGCCGCCAGCUUACGAAGGCUCUCCUAUCCAACAAUGGCAAGUCUCAUGUUCCUGGUGCUUCCACGGAACAACCAGUUUCAAGCCCGAGCGUUCCACAUGGCGGCGACGGCUUCGUAAUGACCACAAACACUUCCAAGAGCUUCGCUUCUAGUAGUAUGCCCGUUCAUGAAGAAACACCAUGGAGCUUUGAAUCGACGCUCUCUUCAUUGGCUAGAUCUAGACCGGAAGUACCACAAAAUGCGAUGGAAAGCGGCCGCGCCCAAAGCGUAUCUAUUGUUGUGAAACCUCACGAAAACCCUGACAGCUUUGCAAGAUCGAACAACUCGACGAUUAUUGAUGCCUCUCUAAGUCGUGCUGUACGACUAGCUAGCGAUCGUGUCUCUUCUCGCCUUGCAAACUUUGCCACGAUCAGCUCGGAUAGAAAGAUACUAAGUGUCGGCACCGACCGUUUUGCAAGAUCGGCAUUGUCAAGGCUAAUAUCCAAGGUCGCAGUAGAAAGCACGCCAACACUAUCUAAUGUAGUUUCAACUGGAACCCUAGUUGUACCGGACCAAGUCGGCGUUGUUUCUUCUCCUGGUUUUGUAAUUGCGAAAAAGCUUUCAAAGGCAUCAUCUGGUUCUUCCACCAAGGUCAACAGUGGCUCUUUGGAUUACAACGGCGUUGAGGCAGUUGUUCAAAAGGCCCAGGGUGCUUCGGCUGGACAGCUUUCGAGCCCAAGCUUGAGCCUCCAGACUUCGGGAUACACCUCCACGCUUUUCAAGAAUGGCGCAGAAGCAGUAAAUAUACCGGCAACCACCACGCUCGGCACGAUCUCAACCCUCGCAACACUAGCAGCACUUGGUCUUGCCACUACCGUGGCAGUAUCCAGACAUGCUGAGACAGCCGCGAUGGUAUUGGCUAUUUGUCUACUUGCGUCCGCGUGCUGUGAUGCUCGAUCGGUUAUUCCUGAGUCUGGAAAGGGUUUCAUGAACAUCUCGCUUGGUGCAUUAAUGUGGAACUUUUGGUCCGAUAUGAUACUCAAGAUAGAUUGCGAACGUCAACAUGUAUUGAAUGAAAAGAAACAAUGGAUUGUUGCUGCGGCUGGAGAGAUGGCGAAGAAGUUUUCCUCGAGAAUCUUAAUCUAGAUGUUGGCAUUCGUGCUAGACAUGAUUAGAGAUUUGAGGAGACGACACUUCACCUUUUUUAAUGAUGUGUUGCUAUUUGGCGAAUGGUAUAUCGGUUGCGACAUGAUGCUUUCUAGCAUUGCACUUUUUGAAGAUGAGAGAGACAGGGAAAGGCAUCGGUGUGUAGAACUUGGUUGGACGAGGUUUGAAAGCACAUUGGAGUAUGGUUUGUUUUCAUGGCGCAUAAAUACGGCAUGGCAUAUGUUGUUUUUAAUAAAAGUAUGUAUGUAUACGUAGGUAUAUCCUAGAUGGCGAUAUAGAAAUAAUGAUUCUUCUGCCAAU